UGCUAGUACAGUUGACAAUUAAACUUCGACAAGUAUGGGCGUUGUGUUUCUGCUUUUGUGAAAAUAAAAAAAAAGGAAAAAAACGUUUUAUAUAUAAAUUACAUUUAUAAAAUAGUCAUUUCCAUAAAAAUACAUAAUUGAAUAAAAAGUACAUUUAAUCGGUUGAACGAUGGUGGAUUACAGUAAAUGGAAAGAUAUUGAAAUUUCAGAUGAUGAAGAUGAUACCCAUCCAAAUAUUGAUACACCAUCAUUAUUUAGGUGGCGUCAUCAAGCAAGGCUAGAAAGGAUGGAAGAACGGAAACGUGAACAAGAGGAACAUGAAAGAAAAAAAGCAGAAACUUUACAAAAAUUAAAAGAAACAGAGGAAAAACUUGCAAAAUUAGAAAGAGAACAAAAAGAUUCAGGAGAUUUGACUGCAUUAAAAAAAGUUUUACAUGAUCUUGAACAAGAAGAGAAAAAAAUUCAAGAAAAAGAAGAGGAAAUGAAAAAAAAAGAGAAAUUAACACCUUGGAAUGUUGAUACUAUUGGUCAAGAUGGUUUUACAAAAACAGUAAUUAAUAAAAGACCACCAUGUAAGGGAGAUGACAAUGGUUUAUCAGAUGAAGAAAAAGAAAAAAAAAUGAAAGAAUUUGUAAAAGAAAAUGAAAAAAAAUUAAAAGAAUUUGGCAUGCUAAGAAGGUAUGAGGAUAGUAAAAAAUUUUUAGCAGAUAAUCCUGAUUUAGUAUGUGAAAAUACUGCAAAUUAUUUAGUUAUUUGGUGUAUUAAUUUAGAAAUAGAAGAAAAACAUGAUUUAAUGGAACAUGUUGCUCAUCAAUGUAUAUGUAUGCAAUGUAUUUUGGAAUUAUCAAAACAAUUAGAUGUUGAUCCAAGAGCAUGUGUAGGUUCCUUCUUCAGCCGUAUUCAAAAUGCUGAAUUAGAACAUAGAAAUUCAUUUGAAGAUGAAUUAAGAGCAUUUAAAGAAAGAAUACGUAAAAGAGCUGCUGAGAAAGUAGCAGAUGCUCUUAAAGAAGCUGAAGAAGAAGAAAAAAAGGCACGUCGUGGUCCAGGUGGUCUUGAUCCAGUUGAAGUAUUUGAAAGUCUACCAGAGCCUUUACAAAAAUGCUUUGAAACACAAGAUCAUGCUUUAUUACAAGAAACUCUAGCAGUAAUGCCACGACAAGAAGCACUUUAUCAUAUGAAACGAUGUGUUGAUAGUGGUCUUUGGUUACCAGAUGCAAAAGCUAAAGAAUUGAUAGAUGAAGCAUCUACAAAAGUUACAGGAGAAACGCCCAGUGCUGAAUAAUUACACGUGUCUGUAAAUAACAUGUGUUAACUUUCAUGACUCAUUUGUGCAAGUAUCCUUUAGUACCAUGAAUAUGUUAUAAUAAAAUAUUGUCAUUGGACAAUGAAUACAAAAUUUUUAUCUUUAUUGGCUUUUUCUUAUUGUAAUAAUAUUACUCUAUUGUUAAGCUUUGAGUUACUUUAAGACUGAAUUGCUGCAUAAUUUUGAGUUACUAUAGAAAAUGUGAAUAUUAUAAACUGUUAAUUAAACAGAAUAAUUAUUUAGUAAUAUGUGAUAAAAUUUCCCCUAUAUAUUACAUUGAAUAAUUAAAAGUUCUGAUAUGAAUAUUUACAGGUAUUAAUAUUUAUAUGUGCUAAAUAUACGUAGAAUACAUACUAUAUAUGUAUAUAAAUAUGAUUUGUUAUAUAUACAUUACAUCAAUAUUUUUUAUCUCAUUCUUCAAAUCAAGUCAUAUGUACAUUGAAAAUUGUAAACAAACUAAAAUUAUAAUGUAAAUAAAGAAAAUACAUUU